GCAGCAGCCCUGCUUGGAGAGCAGCCCUUUCCCCUCCUCCACCUGCGGAGCCCCGGCUUUGUCCGUGUCCCCCAUCCCCCGGGCCGGGGGUGCUGGAUGCGGCCGCGGGCAGCGGAGCCAGGUGCGGAGCUGCGCUAGAGGGGACCUGCCGCAGGUCCUUGGCGCAGGCUGCUUCCUCAGGAUGGACCCGCUCUUCCCUGCCCAUAUUUUUGAAGACCCCGACCUGAGGAAGCUGCUGAACGACUCCUCCAUGCUCAACCUGAGCUUUCUGCCCAGCAACUGGUUCAACAACAGCACCGGGGACGGUUUCCUGCCGCUCAGCAUCAAGAUCACCAUCGUGGUCGUCUACUCCAUCGUGUGCAUCGUGGGGCUGGUGGGCAACUGCUCCGUCAUGUAUGUCAUCGUCAGAUUCACCAAGAUGAAGACAGCCACCAACAUUUACAUCUUUAACCUCGCCCUGGCUGACACCCUGUGCCUGAUGACCUUGCCCUUCCAGGGAACAGACACAUUCCUGGGCUUCUGGCCCUUUGGCAAUGUCCUGUGCAAGAUUGCCAUCUCUAUUGACUACUACAACAUGUUCACCAGCACCUUCACGCUGACGAUGAUGAGCGUGGACCGCUACAUCGCCAUCUGCCACCCCAUCAAAGCCCUGGACAUCCGCACGCCCCACAAGGCCAAGGUGGUCAAUGUUUGCAUCUGGGCACUGGCUUCUGUCUUCGGCAUCCCGGCCAUGGUGAUGGGAUCUGCGGAGAACGAGAACAACGAGAUUGAUUGUCUAAUUAAGCUCCCUUCUCCCGUGGACUACUGGGAUCCAGUGUUUGGCAUCUGCGUCUUUCUCUUCUCCUUUAUGAUCCCUGUGUUGAUCAUCACCAUUUGCUACAGCCUGAUGAUCAGGCGGCUCAAGAACGUCCGUGUCCUCUCGGGCUCCAAGGAGAAGGACCGGAACCUGAGGCGCAUCACCCGCAUGGUGCUGGUGGUGGUGGCAGUCUUCAUCGUCUGCUGGACUCCCAUCCAGAUUUUCGUGCUGGUGCAGUGCCUGGGUGCCAAGGCAGAGAGCGAGCUGGAGCUGGCCAUCUCCUGCUUCUGCACCGCUCUGGGAUACGCCAACAGCAGCCUGAACCCCGUGCUCUACGCCUUCCUGGAUGAGAACUUCAAGGCGUGCUUCAAGAAGUUCUGCUUCCCCACCGCCUUCAGGACCGAGCUCCAGAUGUCCAACAGGAUGUGCAGCAUCGCCAAGGAUGUGGCCUACGCCUGCAAGAACUCGGAGGGGACUAACAAUCCGGCCUGACUAGGCAUGGAAAUCCCCAUGGUGGCUGUCGCCCAGCAGAGUCCGACCACCCCCACGUCAGAACUGACUCAGAUAACGGCCCUUUAGCAGGACCCCAAAACUGAGAGGUGAGAAACCAAGGAAACAAUUUUGGGGGUUGGGAAAACCGGAUACUGCGAGAGCACGCAGAGAAAGUGAGCCCAUUUGAUGCAUUUUUAAUUCCAGUGCAACCUGCACUAAGGAAUGUGUUUGAAAUCAGCCCGCUGAUUCCUGCAAAACCCUGGGGGUUUGCAACAUUAUUGAGAGUUUGGGAAUUAAGGGUUUAAAAUAAGCAUCGCUCUUGGGGCUUACACUUCUGCUGCUGCUGGGAGACAGACAGAAUGUGAACUCUUGCGUUGCUUUUUUCCUCCCUGGGUGGAGAUGUUAACAGCUCGCCUGGCUCACCAGGUGCUCGUGUGCGGGUUUUCCUCCUGUGCCAUCGCUCUGAAAUCAGACUCUGCUGCAGCCAAAGUGGGCAGGAGCCAUCAGACAAAACCCAAGAUCAUCUCCAGGAUGAGUCAUCGCGCAGGGAAGGAUGCAGGGAGGAGAGGAGGGAGCUGACGGGAAGAGAAAUUCAAAAUGCCUUGGAAGGACAGCGCCAGCUCCUGCAGA